CGAAGUUAAUAAUAUAUUUGUAAAUGUUAUAUGGCAUUUUAUUAUUACUGGAAUACUUACGGUGAUAUUUGCAAGUGUAACUUGUAUGACGAAGGACUGGGUGACAAGUAAACCGCUGAUUGGUGCUUCCGCUUGUAUUUCAUCCUUGUUUGCUGUGAUAACUGCCUUUAAUAUCUUAGUUGUUUGCGGAAUGAAAUAUGCUGAAACGAAUGUAAUUGUUCCAUUUAUAGUUAUAGGUGAGUGUACGAAAUAUCAUUUUUAUAUAUAAAUAUUGAAUUUGAUUUAAAUUAACGACUGUUUGAAUAUAUUUUUGAGGUAUCGGACUGGAUGACUCAUUUGUUCUAUUAGCGGCUUGGAGAAAAACCAACCCCAAAGAUUCUGUUGAAAAGAGAAUGAGUGAAACGUAUUCCGAGGCUACCGUAUCGAUUACCAUAACGUCUUUGACUAACGUUGCUUGUUCGUUAAUUGCGAUAACUACUCCUUUCGGAAUUCUCCAAAUUGCCGGAAGUUACAUGGCUUUAAGUAUUUUCAUAGAUUACAUCUAUCAGGUUACAUUCUUCGGCGGACUUCUUGCACUGGAUGGUUAUAGAGAAACCAAGAAAUUGCAUGCAAUACUUUUCGUUCCUGUUAAUCUGGAUGUACGACCAUCAGGUUUACUGGGAUUUAUAAAGUAUGGCUGUUAUUCAAGUGAAGAUAUUGUAGGCAAAACAACAAUGACAUGUUACAGAAAUUAUUUAGGAAAGAUACUAACGUUUCCAAUUGUAAAAGCAACUAUUAUUCUUUUUUUCCUUCUGUAUCUCGCUGGAGGAAUCUAUUUUACGAAAUAUUUACAACCAUCGACAGGUAUCGAUACGGCAUUUAACGACAAUUCUUACAUGUUAAACUUCUUUCGUGAUGAAAAUACAUUCUAUUCGCAAUAUCGAGAGAGAAUACAGAUAAUUGUUACAUCAUCAUUGGACUACUCCGAUCCAAAUACCCAGAAUAAUCUAGAGAAAUUAACGACAGAACUGGAGAAUUCUCCUCAUAUGGCCGGGAGUAAUUACACGGAAUCAGGGCUAAGACAAUAUCUGAAAUUCAUUAAAGAUCCACAGUUUUGGAUUUCUCUCAGAGGAUAUAAUUUGAGUCGACCGGAUGACUUCACCGAUGCUUUACGCAGAGUAUUUCUUAAAUUCAAGUGGGCCAAACGUUUCAACAAGGACAUUGUCUUCAGUGAAGAUGGCACUAAAAUAUUAGCUUCUAGAUUUUUUAUUCAGACGAAAUUGGUUGAUAAUUCGCUGAAAGCAAAUGAAGUUUUUGUUAAUAUGUGGAAUAUAAUAGAUAAAUAUAAUCUUCCUGUACAGUGUUACAAUUAUCGAUAUAUUUUCUUUGAUUCUAUCCUUGAGGUAGUUCCUAUAACAACUCAAUCAAUAGCCGUUAGUUCUUGCGUGGUAAUUUUGAUAUUUAUCAUUUUUAUUCCAAAUGUGUUUUGUGCAUUUUGUAUUGCUCUCACAAUAGCUUGUAUUGAGGUAAUAAGUAUAGGCUAUAUGUCUGUAUGGGGUGUUAAUUUGAUUCCUUUAGUAAUGAUUUUAUUGAUAGCGAUCACUGGAUUUUGUACGGAUUAUGCAGCUCAUAUAACAUACGCGUAUGCAAAAAGUAAAAGAAAGAAUCCGAAUGAAAAACUGCAAGAUUGUUUGGAUGCUGCUGGUCACGCGAUAGUGCAAGGUUGUAUUUCGUCGCUUUUCGGCGUCGUUGUUUUAAUCGGAGCGCCGUACGAAGGCUUGAAAGAUGUGUUUAAAGUAUGUUUUAUAUUUUUUAUUUCUUCUAUAGUUCAAGGGUUAUUUAUUCUUCCGGCUAUGCUGUCAUUAUGGGACGAUUUUUUGUUAUUAUUAUGUAAAAGUGAUGAACGACGGCGUUCGAACCGAGAGUUUUCGUAUAUUCCCAAUACGAAUGAAGAGUUAUUAAACUAAAGAAUUAGUGUGAACUUGUAAAAUAUCUAAAAUG